AUGGCGUCGGUCAAUUCAAUAUCGUCCGAAAAGGACAAUGACGAGGACCGUGACAUCAUGCAUGAGGAUGUCAUCGAGGACGAGGAGCCCGAGGAGCCCAGCUCCGAGCUGGAUCCCGCCCAAAAAGAAGAUCUCGAGCACCAUCAGCGCCUCGAUGACUUCCUCGCCCCGCUCUGUCUCGACGAGGCCGUGCUGUAUCGGCUGGCCCGCCGCUUCUCCAGCACAUACCGCCAUUUGGCCCUGACUUCAGACCAGCAAUUCUUGCCCACGCCCGUCACCCAGUUGCCCACCGGACAGGAAACCGGUCGCUACCUGGCCAUCGACGUCGGUGGAAGCAACCUGCGCGUGGCCUUUAUCGAGUUACUAGGUGAAGCUGUCGAGGAGUCGGAGAGUCGCCCUGCCGAUGCAUCGGAAAGAUCCCGCGACACCAUCCGCAAGGCGCAGCGACAGCGCGUGAAGCGUACGCUGGAGCGGGCAUGGCCGAUCCAGGAGCAUUUGAAGAUGGACAAGGCCGAUGACCUGUUUGCCUGGAUUGGCGAUUGCAUUGCAGAGGUGGUGGCCGAGAGUCUCACCUCGGACGAUACCAAGAAAGAUAUUCCUGCGGAACUGGACAUGGGCAUUACCUUUAGUUUCCCCAUCAUGCAAGAAUCGCUGGCCGAGGCUACAUUGAUGCCCAUGGGCAAAGGCUUUGCCAUCACUUCCAAUCUCAACCUGCGCAAAAUUCUGCUGAAUGGCUACGAAAAGCACACCAGGAGGCCCGAAGAUGAGGAUGAGCCAUCCUCGAAACGCCGCAAGCUGUUUGCCCUCCCUAAAUUAAAGAUCCAGGCAAUCACAAACGAUACCGUGGCGACGCUGGCUUCGCUCGCCUACGCCGUCAAAUCGCUGCCCAAUAGUCGAGUCGCCAUGGGCAUUAUCGUGGGCACAGGAUGCAACGCAACCAUCCCCAUGAAACUGAACUCCCUGCACGAAUCCAAAGCCAAGAACGUCAAUGCCAUGAACGCCGACGCCGUAGAAACCAUUGUCAACACCGAAUGGACCAUAUCCGGCGCCGCACCACCCCUGCGAGAAUUGAAUGUCACUACCAAAUGGGAUGUCGAGCUAGACCGCGCCUGCGCACGCCCGGGCUUCCAGCCAUUCGAGUAUAUGACCGGCGGCCGAUACAUUGGCGAAUUGAUCCGGCUGAUCCUUUUCGACUACCUCACCGAAGUGGCGGGCCUCUCAAAACGGAUCCUGCCCGCCAAUCUAAUCCAAGAAUACGCCCUAACCACCUCGUAUAUCUCCGACAACGUCGCCCGCGCCCGGUCCGAUUCCGAACUCGCGCAGAAACUCAACCUCACCCUCCCACCCCCGAGAGCAGCGACUGGCGCUGGGACGCGCGAACAGCAGGCGCCUUCCGCCGCAUCGCCCGGACAGUCCAGAGACGAUCGGCCGCUGAAGGAGGAUAGCAACGGGAACACACCCGAGAACGCCGCCUCGCCGCAAAGCAACGGCGACGCUCCUACGACCCCAGACAACACGGCCCUGCCCACUCCCAGUGUGAGCAACAGCUUCCACGGCCAUGUAGUCCCCGUCCUCCAACCUGCGGCGGACUGGCAGUCAGGUCCGGAGGAGCUGGUCGUUGCAUACACGGGCGGCAUCAUCCAGCACUAUCCCCAGUUCAAGGAGAUGUGCCAGCAGCACAUCGACCGGCUGAUUAUGCGGACGGGUCCGCAGCAGGGAGGCAAGUCUGUUUUCUUGCGCGAGGCUUCCGACGGCGGAGUUAUUGGGGCGGGCGUUUUGGCGGGCAUGGUCGUGAGCAAGUAA